AUCGUGAACAGGACAGACGAAAGGUUUUAAUCCAGUAUUUGAAGAGGCGAUUUAUGGUGAAAAGUAUGCUUUUCUAAAGUAAAAUAUUUGGACAGACGAGGCAUCGCAUCGUUGCAGCGCUGAUACAAAGUUUGCAGGUCCUCUACUUAGUUGGGAUGUUCGUUUCCCAUAGUUGGCUUCUGAGUGACAUCUGCUUCUUCUCCACUGGAAUCCUUGACGGACUAAAUAACGCGAUUUAGAUUGUUUGGAGCGCUGGUGGAAUUUUAACUUGAGACGGAGUUCUUCCAUGCAACAGUUGGCUAUUUUGUACAAGUAAGCCAUGGCACAACAGACCAGAAACGGAGGGACCUCAUUGAACAACAACGGCACCGAUAUCACCAAGAGGAAGCUGUUGACAGGACUGGACCUCUUCUGCCUGCUACUAGCUGGCCUGCCCUUCCUGAUAAUAGAGACUAGCACCAUACAGCCGUACCAGAGAGGUUUUUACUGUUCUGAUGAGUCCAUCCGGUACCCAUGUAAAAAUGGAGACACUAUCAGCGAUGCUGUGCUCUGUGCUGCUGGCAUUCUUAUUGCCAUCCUCUCUAUUGUUAUAGGAGAGUGUUACCGGAUUCACCAUCUGAGUGAGGGAUCUAAGUCUUUCAUUGGGAACCCUUAUGUCUCAUCUCUCUACAAACAGGUUGGAGUGUUUAUAUUUGGCUGUGCCAUUAGUCAGUCGUUCACAGACAUCGCCAAGGUGUCAGUGGGCAGGAUGAGACCGCACUUCCUGGACGUGUGUAACCCUGACUGGUCAGCCAUCAACUGUUCCCUCGGAUAUAUCACCUCAUACACCUGUAAGGGCCCUGAGAGCAAAGUACAGGAAGCCAGGAAAUCCUUCUUCUCAGGACAUGCCUCCUUCUCCAUGUUUACUAUGCUCUACCUGGCUUUUUAUCUCCAGUCCAGGUUCACCUGGCGAGGUGCCCGUUUGCUCCGCCCCCUCCUCCAGUUCACGCUGCUGAUGAUGGCAUUCUACACCGGCCUAUCACGCGUUUCCGACCACAAGCACCACCCCACAGACGUACUGGCCGGCUUUGUACAGGGCGCCCUGGUGGCCUACUGCAUAGUGUUCUAUGUAUCUGACCUGUUCAAGCCGCAGGAGAUGCCUGCCUCGCCCCCUCCCUCCCCCAUCAAGAAGGAGCUCCUCCCCCCUGCUGACAUCAUCGAGCGGAACAACCACCACAACAUGGUGUGAUACAGGCCCCUUCCCCUGACCGAGGAGCCUAUCACAGCAUUUCUCACCGCCCAUUGGACAGUAGAAUGUAGCGACCAGAGAGACUUUGGUCGCGUCUCAAAUCACACUCCGCUUUUUAUAUAGUGCACUCCUUAUCACACCCGCUGGUGCAAAGUAGUGCACUACUUAGGGAGUAGUGCUUUAUUUGAGUCCUGCCCUGCAGAAACCACUAUCCAGACUCUUUACUACUAUUGUUAUUACUACUACUUUGAGCCCAAGUUAGAGCAAAAA